CUUUUCCCUUAUAGUUGUCCUCUGGGCGCUGCGCAGCUCCAACACGCGAACGCUAAAUAAACGAUAACAGAAAAAACGCGUGUUGCGUUAUUUCUGAGCAGCUGCGGGACACGACGCAGCCAGCACGCCUGCGGCGUUCGUGUUUCCGCUUUUGUUGAAGCUUGGUGCCGUUUAACGCAUCUGUCAUCUUUACGCGGAAUUGCUACAAAGGCGCUCAGCUGCAGCGCCGCUGAGGGGAGUUCCGACAGGUUUGAACCCAUCAUGGCUUCCCCUCUGAUGAGUCUGGUUCAUGAUGAUGACAGGUACCAGAAGUCCUUCCAGCUCUUCCUGGAGCGCUCCUCAGAGCAUCAGUGUAUGAAGGACUUCAUCCACAACAAGCUGCCACACAUCCUGGCCAGCAUUGGAGAUGGAAAGUCCCAUCUAAAUGUCAUCGGGGUCGGAAGCGGAGCGGGUGAGAUUGACCUUGAGAUGCUCUCUGAGCUCCAUAAGAGGCACCCAGAGGUGACGGUGGAUAACGAGGUGGUGGAGCCGAGCAGCCAACAGCUACAUAACUACAAAGUUUUAGUGUCUCAGAAACCAGAAUUAAACUACAUAAAGUUCACCUGGAACAAGAUGACAGCCUCAGAGUUUGAGGAGAACUGGAAACAGAAGAAGAUGACAAAGAAGGCAGACUUCAUUCACAUGAUCCAGAUGCUGUACUAUGUGAAGGAUCCCGGCGCCACCAUCAGCUUCUUCCAGAGUCUUCUCGAUAAGAAUGGGAAACUUAUUAUAAUUCUAGUGUCUGAGAAGAGCGGAUUUGGGACACUGUGGCGGAAAUACAGGAACCAGCUGUGCAACACAGAAAUAAGCCAGUGUGUAACCACAGGAGACAUCAAGCGCUUCCUGGACUCCAAGGGAGUGAGCUACCAGAGCUUUGUCCUGCCCUCUCACAUGGAUAUCACCGAGUGUUUCACUGAGGGAGAUGAGAAGGGAGAGCUGCUCCUUGAUUUCCUCACCGAGGUGCUGGACUUUAGUAAAACCGCCUCACCGGAGCUGAAAGCCGGUGUGUUGGAGCUGCUGCGGCACCCGGACUGCAGCUCCCGGUCCGAGGACAGAGUUGUUUUUAACAACAACCUCGGAGUCCUGGUCAUUGAUAAACCAAUCUAAACAAGCCAGAAGUUUAUGGUGGCAGAAUUAUGUCAUGGAGGAUGAAAUACCUUGACACAGAGUGAACUACAGUGGAAAUUAUUGUCAUAUUUACUUGUUUGUACUGUUAAUGAUUGUAUGAUUUUGCUCAUUUCUGUGCAAAUCACAAAUGUCUUAAAUUAUUCACUUCCUGUUUUCUUGAUCAAAUAAAUUAUUCCUACAAGACAGAUGAGCUGUAGCCGGGUCAGAUGUUACUGCUGCUUCCAGUAGAGAGCGCUCUGCUUCUUUGCAGAUCAAAAAAUAAAUAGAAAAUUGAACGACUAACUUUUUAUUGGGGCUCAUUUCAGAAAAGCUGAAGGUAAUUGUGCAUUAUGUAUUAAAACUCUUGUAGGUAAUAUUUUUAUCUGUGAGAGCUUCAAGUGGUAAAUUAAAAAUAACUGGGAACUGCUUGCACCGGCUUUACUGUAUAUUUUGGUUGAAGUGUCAUUGACUUGUAAAACCACAUGCAUCAGAGAAACCACAAGUGGCUUUAAAGCUGAACCAGCUGGUUAAUGUUAAACUGUAGGUCAAUGGCAGUGAAAACGCCGAAAAUCUGGACCUUUUGCUGAAUUUAAAGCACAUUUAAAUGGCAUUACUCUUAAAACCCAACCCCACAGGGCAGAACAAAUCUGACUUCUAGCUAUGUUUAUGAACAAGUCUGCACAAGUGGGUCAAAUGUGGGUUUUUCUGUCUCUUAUCUUUACUGCUUUGCUGUGCACAAAAUUGCAAAUUAUCUGGUGCAGAUUAAGAAGAACGUCAUUGAAACGGCUGCAGUGAAUCUGGAAACAGCACCAACUAAAUUGUUCCUGCAGAAAAUAAGAGCAACCGUUGCCCAUUAAAGUAAAUAUUAGUUAUUUUGAAUUACAAAAAAUGCAUAUCUGCAAUCAACCUAGGGGAGUAAAAUGGCAUUAAUGUCAUUUUAAGAUUGUACAUGGUAAGCCCUAGCUUUGGCUACUUUCUCAAUGAGGCCAGAUUAUUCCUAACUUUGUAUCUAAAAUGUGCUAUAAUUUAAAAAUGUGCUACUUUUUCUCUUGGUGGGUGUGUUUUAGGUUAAACGUAUCUCAGAUGCAUUGUUUUAUGCUUGUUUGCAAAAACAAACAAAUUAACACAACAGAAAAAAUGUAUUUGAUCAUUGUGAGCUUUUGCCAGCUGACCUCCGCAGAUCAUUCACUCCUGCAGCUGUUAGAGUAUAACUCCACAGUUUAACUAGUACUGGCAUUAUCCCUCUACACGCUCACUUAUUCAGUACGUGUGCAAUACCCGGAUGCACAUUCUGAGUCCUUUAUGCUGUUUUCUUCUUGGAAACUCAAUUUUCUAUUUUUAUUCAUCAUUUUAAUUGCUGAAGGUUACAAUAAUACAGCCCCCUGCCUUUGUGUGUUUAGCUGUAUUAUUGUUUUCUAUUCUCUAAGUGUAUGUGCUGCCGUAACGAGUGAAUGUCCCCACUGUGUGAUCAAUAAAGUCUAUUCUGUAUGGA